UAUAUGUAUUACGAAUGCAAAUAAGACGAUGUUUGGGAGUUUAAAUGAAACGAUCCGCUCCGCAACAACGCUCGAUUUGUUCUGCCCCAUAUAUUUACAUGUUUUUGUCCGGUACCACUUCUGUGUGUACCUAUGAUUCAGCGUCUAAUCUUCUCCCAGUGCCGUCCCAGUAUACGCUGCACUAUUUUUCCGUAACAUAUGGUUAAUAAAUAAAAAAAUAAAUAAAUCGAACAAACGUCUCAUCAGAUCGCAAUUGUGUCAACAAUCUCAACUGACUGAAACUUGCGUAUCUACAUACUAAAAAACGGUAUACCGGAGCGGUCUACAGUUCUUUCCACGAUGGCAAAGAUCGAGGACGAUGACGCGCUGGCAUUGAUAGGCCUUGGGGUCAUUUUGAAGAAGAAACAUACAAAAACAGUGAUAAAAAAGCGAAAAAAGUGGUGUAAACAUUGGCUAUUGAAGAGGAAAACCUAUAGUCAUGUUAACCUAUUGAAUGAGCUAAAAUUCGAACCUGAAGAUUUUAAAAACUCUCAGAAUGGACGAGAAUACCUACCUAAAAUUACUUGCAAUGGUUACGCCCAUGAUAACAAGAAUGGAUACAAUUAUGAGGAAUAGUAUUUCUGCGCACGAAAGGCUAUCAGUUACCUUAAGAUUUCUUGCAACCGGCCGCAGUUACGAGGACCUAAAAUUUUCAUCAAUUAUUUCACCUCAAGCGCUCGGAAAAAUUAUUCCUGAGACAUGUGAGGCCUUGUAUAAGGUUCUCAGAAAAGGUUAUUUGAAGUUUCCUACAUCUGAAGAAGAAUGGAAAGAAAUAGCAAAGAUGUAUGAAGAACGAUGGAACUUUCCUCAUUGUCUCGGUGCAAUAGAUGGGAAGCACAUUGCGAUUGUUCCUCCGGGUAAUAGUGGAUCAUAUUUUUAUAAUUAUAAAGGGCAUCAUAGUGUGGUUCUUAUGGCAAUUGCUAAUGCAAAAUACCAAUUUGUGUACAUAGAUGCUGGAAUGAAUGGUAGAAUAUGCGAUGGAGGGGUACUACAAAAUACUGUAUUUUUUGAAAAAUUAGAAAAUAAUGAAUUACAUAUUCCAAGCAGUGAAACAAUAACAGGAAGUAACCUACAUUUGCCAUAUGUAUUUUUGGCAGACGACGCCUUUCCAUUACGCCCCGAUAUGAUAAAACCGUUUCGCCAGGGAGAUUUAACAUCCCGAGAAAGAAAAAUCUUUAAUUACAGAUUAUCUCGUGCCCGACGCACUGUAGAAAAUGCUUUCGGCAUUAUGGCAUCACGAUUUCGGAUAUAUUAUACUCAUAUAAAUUUAGAACCCAAAAAUAUCGAUAAAGUAGUUAAAGCUUCUUGUGCGUUACAUAAUUUUUUAAUUGAACACUCAAAAAAGUCUUAUGCAUCUCUAAAAUGUUUCUAUCGAGAGAACUCUGAAAACAGAACUAUAAUUUCGGAAGGAUAUGAUACAAAAAAUAGUACGAUGGAAAAUUUAGAAAGAAGAAACCCAGGAAAUACUUUGAACACCGCGAAGACUGUUCGAGAAGACUUCAUGAAUCAUUUUAAUGCGAAGGGAAGAGUACCAUGGCAAGAUGAUCAUGUAAAUUAACGAAGUAGUUUCAAAUAGCCUUGAACUAUCGUGUAAUCUCAAAUGUAAGCGAUAAUGUGUUAUAUACAAUUUAAUAAAAAUUACUAUGUACAAGAUAGUUUACUUACCUCACAACUAUUUUCGUCAUCACUGACCAAGUUUGAUGAAGAUUCCCUUGGAGUGCAUUGAUCCUGAAUAAAGUUAAAUAAAUCGUAGUACCAUAGCUUAAUAGAGUAUACAUCAUCGGCAGAUGCCCCAGACUUUAAAGACUGUUCAAAUUUCUUGUUCUCCUUUCUAACAUUACUUCUCAUGUUGUUAAUUUUUUUUACAACCACCGCUUUGCUAGCAUCUGGUUCUAUUUCUUUCAAUUUAUCAACCAGUAAUUUAUAGGCUGCUUCUUUUUUAUCCCUAUCGUGGUAUUCUUUAUUUUUUAUUUGCCAGAGGCACGGAUGAGUUCUAUAUAAAUCAAUGAAUUCUUCCAACACUUUUCUAACGGAAUCUGAUGGCGCCAUUUUCGCAUUUGGAGCAAAGCGGAGCAAUAUUCGCGCGCAACAGUGACUAGAAGACUGAAGCGACCUGCGCAGGCGACCGGAGUACAUCCACACACGCACAGGUACACCCUACCGUGCCAGUCGAAAGAAUUGAUUUUCGAUUCUGCUCCGGUCGCCUGCGCAGGUCCAGAAACCUGCGCAGGUC